AUGAUGCGAAAUGUAGCCAAUGAAUGAAUGAAAUUGAAAUCAUAAAACAGGUUUUUUUUUUCAUAUAUAUGAUAAAAAUCAGGAAUGACCAUAAACAGGUGAGAUUUUAGAACAUGAUGAUUUGUAAAUUUCAGAAUAAUGGACUAUUCAUUUUUGCACCAUAAUAAUCGAAUGAAUUUUGCAAAAAGAAAAAAAUUUCAAUGGAUAUUUGCCAUUUUUUCUGUGUUUAUCGUCAUUAUAUUUAUCUAUACUGGCAUUGGAUUUAAUGAUAAAAUUAAAUCAAAUAAAUUUGACAAUCCAUUAUUCGCUAUGAUUGAUUAUGAGCAUAGCCAUUUGGAAUUUGAUUCGGCCAAUUCGAAUAAUGUGACUGGUUUCAACGAAUACAUUGUACCAGAUAUUGUACAUUACAUUCAAUUGGAGAAUCCAUUUUUUGAUUUUAUAACAUUGAUAUCAAUCAUGUCUACUGUUCGUCAUCAUAAACCUAAAUUAAUAAUGAUACAUAGUGAUCGGAAAAAAUUACGAGGAAAAUAUUGGCAAAAAAUUAUUGAAUUGAAUUCAAGUAAAAUGAUAAAUACUAGAAUUUACCUGAACAAAAUACCAAGGCCAAGAUAUAUUUUUGAUCGUAAAUUAUCAUCAAUUUAUCAUGCAUCAGAUAUAGCUAGAUUUCGUGUAUUACGAAAAUAUGGCGGCAUAUAUCUGGAUAAUGAUGUAUAUGUUGUCAAACCAUUACAUAAAUUUCGUCGUUAUGAAUUUGUGAUCGGUUGGCCAGAAAAUCAAUACUUAGGAACACAGGUGCUUAUUUGUCAUAAAAAUGCACGAUUCCUUCGUCUUUGGUAUGAUUCAUAUCACAAUUAUAAGGCUGAUCUUUGGUACUAUAAUGCUGGAGAAUUUCCAACCAAACAUAUACUUGAAUCGUCUCCAAAUCUAGUUCAUCGAGUUCGAAAUGAAUUUGGUGUUGACAAUCUUGUUGAAAUGUUAUACAAUCAAAUGAAUCCACAUUGGCAAGCACAAUACUAUACAAUUCAUUUGUUGGAACGCCAUCGAUCAUAUCUGGUACCAAACAAAAGUGAUGGAAAUCGAUUUCGUUAUUUUAACGAAUAUAAUAUUGGAAAUUAUAAUCGAACUUUUGGUGAAAUGGCUCGAUUAGCAUAUUUUGGCGAGAAAAAAAUUUUGGAUCCAAUAAAAAAAUAA